UAGGCAGCGAACAGGUUGCAAACUACAUUGAUGACGUGCGCCCGGUGCGAGACAUCAGGCGGCCGCGCGGCCCGCCACCGUGUCAGAAACGCGUGCGAUCGGCCGAGAUACGCCGCGUCGUUGCCUCAACGCCAAAUUAAAAACAAUAUUACAUUGUGUACAGCCAGUGACAUUUACGUGAAGUUAAUGGGAAUAACAAACAAUCGAGAAUAAUGCCGCGAUUCAAGACUAUCUUGGUCACCGGGGGCGCUGGAUACAUCGGCAGCCACUGCGUAGUCGACCUUCUAGACGCCGGACAUGACGUCAUAGCCAUAGACAACUUCGCGAACUCCGUAGAGGAUGAAGCCGGAUCACCAGCUUUGAAGAGAGCCGAAGAUAUCACCGGGAAGAAGAUCACAUUCUACAAAGCUGACUUACUGGACAAACCCCAGAUUAACGAAAUAUUUGAUAAGCAUCCCGUUGACUGCGUGAUACAUUUCGCAGCGUUGAAGGCCGUUGGAGAGUCGAUGCAGCAACCGCUUCUCUACUACCAGAACAAUCUCCUAGGAAUGCUCAACUUACUGGAGAUAAUGCGCUCCCACAAUUGCUACCAAAUGGUAUUUUCGUCCUCUUGCACAGUCUACGGGGAGCCGGACCACUUGCCUAUAACAGAAACACAUCCCACUGGAAACAUCACCAACGUGUACGGCAGAACCAAGUACUUUAUCGAAGAGAUGUUGAAGGACCUUAGUGCUGCUGACAAGAAAUGGAACAUCAUAUCGCUCCGAUACUUCAAUCCUGUCGGAGCGCACCCGUCAGGUCUGAUCGGCGAGGAUCCUACCAAGGAGUUCACCAACCUCAUGCCCUUCAUGGCGCAGGUGGCGCUCGGCAAGAAGCCCGUGCUCACCGUCUUCGGAAAUGAUUACCAUACUCCUGACGGCACUGGUAUCCGGGACUAUAUACACGUCAUGGAUCUAGCGAGCGGUCACGUCGCCGCUCUGAAUCUACUCAGUAACAACCACGUGGGCCUCAAGGUGUACAACCUGGGCACCGGUAAAGGUGUGUCAGUAAAAGAGCUGGUGACGGUAUUCGAACGAGUGACCGGUACCAAAAUACCGCUGAAGUACGUGGAGAGACGGCUGGGUGACAUUACCGCUAUGUGGGCGGACGCAUCGCUCGCUAAGGAAGAACUGGGUUGGACCACCAGAUACACUAUCGAGGAGAUGUGCACGGAUUUCUGGAGAUGGCAGACUAUGAACCCGGACGGAUAUCCCAAGAAAAGUAUCAAAACCAACAUCAUAGUCAACGGCAACAGUUAACGUGCAUUUCUUUAUACAUUUUAUAUUAUAGCAAACAUUAAUAAAUAAGUAUAUUUAUACAA